CGUAACAGCCAUUCAUGCCUGAAGGGUAUAUCUUAAGGAUCGAAUAAUGGGUUAAGCGUUUGAAAUGUUGUUUCAAAGUAGUGCAGAACGAAUCGAUAAGAAGAUGAAAGCGGCAAGAAUGAAAACGCGCGGUAUACGCGAACAGUUCAACAAACGGUAAUUGUUUCGAAUGUUACCGCGGACGGUGUUUAGUCGUGAAUGGCGGCAUCGGGUGGCGCUAACUAUUCGCGGCAUGAAUUGAAUGGACGCGAGAAACUCAAGCGUCUGCAACGCUCAAGCCAGCUCUCCCAGGGGCGCUUAACGCGCACGCGUCACACGUUUAUUAUCUUCUUUCUGUUCAAGUGCCAUUUCAUUGCAUGCAGUGCAGUCUAUAAAACAGAAUGCGUUCUCAGUGGAUCUCGAGUUUCCUAUCACUUAUCGUCAUUCGUAGCGUAUAAACAUAACAGCACGCGGUCAUUAACUUACAAAUUGUUUACGUGUCGUCUGACACAUGGGAACCCCUUAAUAUCGUGGCUGAAAUGCUAGUUUUCGCGCUAUAAAAAACACGAUCGUGCCAUUGUUAGCGUCGUACACGGGUUUCGGAUCGAAUUUUCGAACGAUCGUGCGAGCAAAAUGUCAUGCAGCUACGCGGACGGGCUUUCGCAGUACGAAAACAAAGGAGUGCUGGGUUUGGAAGAGAGAUACGACAGCGUCGAGGCAUUACGACUGAAAUGUGGCCUUCUAGCCGAGUGGAUACAGGCGGCACGUCACGUUGUCGUUCACACCGGUGCUGGUAUCAGCACUGCUGCGGGCAUUCCGGAUUUUCGAGGUACAAAUGGAGUAUGGACAUUGGAACAAAAAGGUUUAAAGCCUACCAUGAACAUUUCCUUUGAUGAAGCAAUUCCUACAAAGACACAUAUGUCAUUGAAAAAAUUAAUAGAUGCUAAAAAAGUUAAAUUUAUCAUAAGUCAGAACAUUGAUGGUUUGCACCUUCGGUCUGGAGUGCAAAGACAGCACCUUGCAGAGUUACAUGGUAACAUGUUUACUGAACAAUGUGAUAAAUGUGGAAGGCAAUUUAUUCGAAAUUUCGCUACUAAAAGCGUGGGCAAGAAGUCUCUUGACACUGUGUGUAGAUCUGAGCAAAUUGGUGGUCGUCCAUGCCGUGGACGCAUGCACGACACUAUCCUCGAUUGGGAGCAUAACUUACCAGACAGUGAUCUAACAUUAUCUGAUUUACAUUCUAGUGUGGCGGAUUUAAGUAUAUGUCUUGGAACGACGCUCCAAAUUAUACCAAGCGGUAAUUUACCUCUGUACACGAAAAAGUAUGGUGGUCGUCUCGUCAUAUGUAAUCUGCAACCAACAAAGCAUGAUAAAAAGGCAGAUUUAAUAAUCAAUGGUAACGUUGACGAAAUAAUGAUCAGUGUGAUGAAAAAGUUAGGGCUAGAGAUCCCUGAAUACGAAAGUACAAUGGAUCCGACACGCAAUUCUGACACAACGUCCAAGGAAAUGGAUUGGACGAUACCGACCAGCAGAAUAAAAGAGAUGAACGUGCUUUAUAAAAAAGUAUGCAAGCCGAUGAGAAGAAAACGAAAAACGUUUAUGUACGAAAGAGACAGAACGGAUGCGAAACGGGAGACUAAGACGAAGAAGCAGGCGUUCAUGAUGAAGCAAGAUAUAAAAACAGAGGAUACGUUAGACACGUCAAACAUGGUUUGCAAUAACGCUGUAGUCAGCGAUAAUAUGAGUAGCAAUGCGGUGAAAAUCGAAGAUGAAAUAAAAGACGUGGAACCAUUUGAUUUUUCGACGAACGACAUGAUACAACCGGAUCCUGGUUUGCCAAUGAACGACAUACUGUAGCAUGAUUUGAUCUUACAGUGAUCUAACGACCUAAUACUCCUAUUAAUCUCAGUCUCUGUUAAAUUUAUUUAUGAGUGCAUAUAGAAUGGAUGUUAUCUGUAUGUGAAGAAUGCCUAAAGUGCUAUUGAUUUGUUUAUACAAAAACACAGGAAAAGGCAAAGAAAAAAAAAAAAAAGAAAAAUU